UUGAAAGUGCCGUUCGAGCAGCAGUCUUAGUCUGAUUCUGAAACUUGGUCCGAGUCUAAGCAGAUAUAGAAAACUUCGAAAUGCGUGGCCUACAACUACAACUGAUUUCUAACGCGUUCAGACCGGCGGUAACGUUACGCCGACAUAGCAGCAGCUCAUCCGUUGUGGCGAAUUUCGAUCUCGGCGGAGUGUUUGUGCCCAUACCUACACCAUACCGGGUCAACGGUGACAUCGACUACGCAGCGCUGGCGUACAAUUUCGAGCGAUGGGAAAAAAUACCGUUCAGAGGAUAUUGUGUGGGUGGAUCUAAUGGCGAAGGACCAUAUUUAAAAGCUGAAGAAAAAAUAGAAAUGGUAUCCAAAAUUCGAUCUAUGAUUGGAAAAGAUAAACUGCUGAUUGCUGGGACGACUUGUGAAUCAACUAAGUUGACGUGUGACCUUAGUAAAGCUGCGGCUGAAGUUGGAGCGGAUGGCGUUUUGGUGAUGAGUCCAUUCUACUUUAAAACUAGAAUGACGGAGGACUCGUUAUACAAGCAUUUUGUAUCGGUAGCAGACUCAUGUCCUGUACCGGUCAUUGUGUACAAUAUGGUGCCCGUUACCGGUAUCGACCUCAGCGUCGACAUAUUAAAGAAAAUGUCCUUACACCCGAACAUCGUCGGCGUCAAGGAUAAAGACAUGGGAAAACUCGCAUCACUGGUCACCGAAACACAGGAUCAGAGAUUCCAAAUCGUCGCUGGCUCGGCGAGUUAUUUAUUGGCUGCAAUGCUCGUUGGAUGCUCGGGUGGCAUAAAUGGUCUGGCUGCUGUGCUUGGAGAACCGUUGUGUAAAAUGCACAAAUUGGCAGUGGCGGGUCAGUGGCAAGAGGCUUUGAAAUUGCAGAGGAAACUCGUCAAUAUCGAUUUGCUGCUGAUGCAAGAAUGUGGACCGGCCGGUCUAAAAGCUGCGAUGGAACUGUUGGGCUAUAAAGGAGGUUUGUGUCGAUCUCCGUUACCAACAAUCAGUGACGAGAAAGUUGCAAAAAUCAAACUGACGCUAGAAAAAGAUGGAUUUUUGUAAUUAAAUCAAAUAAAACAGAAACAAAAAAACUUUAUAAUUUUUACAG